GCCCGCUACGAAAGGCAAGAGACAGCGAAACCUGGCGUUUCUAUGGAGUAAUUCAGGAAUCUCUUGUCUUCACCCCGCCAAAGAUGGCAAGAAUGCUUUGACCAUUGGUUGGUGUGCGCAAAUCACCUCAAAAACCACCACUCCCCAUCACUUGGACGAUCAACCUGCAGACAGCUGAGUCAAGUUGCUCCCUUCGCUUCUAAAGCUUUUGAACUUUCUCUUUCCUGCCCGCAACGAAAAAAAAAAUGGACUUGGAUACCCCCUCGUCAACUGUGGACCAACUCCUCCAGUCUCUUACACUGGAGGAGAAAGUCGCCUUGCUUGCGGGCAAGAACAUGUGGGAAACCGCCAACAUCGACCGUUUGCACAUCCCCAGUCUGAAGAUGACCGACGGCCCGGCCGGAGCCCGCGGGUCCAAAUGGACGUACGGCUCUCUGACCACAUGGAUUCCUUGCGGGGUGUCGCUAGCCGCCACCUUUGACCCGGCCCUGGUGGAGAAAGUCGGGACCAUUCUGGGGCAGGAGACCCGACGCAAGGGCUGCCAGGUGCUGCUGGCCCCAACCAUGAACUUGUCGCGCUCGCCCUUGGGCGGGCGGAACUUUGAGGGCUACGGGGAGGACCCUUACCUCAUUGGCGUCAUGGCGACUGCGAUGAUCCGGGGCAUCCAGAGCCAAGGGGUUGGGGCGUGCAUGAAGCAUUUCAUCCUUAACGACACCGAAACUCGGCGGUUCAACGUCGACCAAACGAUUGAUGCGCGCACCUUACGGGAGGUAUACAUGAAGCCGUUCACUAUGGCCGCGCAGGACGCAGCGCCGUGGACUGCCAUGGUCAGCUACCCCAAGAUCAACGGGUUACAUGCCGAUCUUAGUCCCGAUAUCCUGCCACGCUUGCUGAGAAAGGAGCUACAGUAUGAUCGUUUGGUCAUGAGCGACUGGGGUGGCUUGAAUAGCACUGUCGAAAGCUUACUGGCCACGACUGACCUGGAGAUGCCGGGUCCGACGGUACGUCGGGGAGAGCGCCUGUUAGCCGCCAUCCAGGACGGUCGCCUUGACAUGGCUACACACGUCGACCCGAGUGUGCGACGAAUGCUGCAGCUGCUGGAACAAACGGGGCUGCUGAAAUCUUCCGAUCCCACGGACCUGUCUUCUGAGCAGACCACCGACGAUCCUGCGUUCCAUCAGAUCGCGCGCGAGGCCGCGCAGAGUGGCCUUGUGCUGCUGAAGAAUGCCGACGUGCUGCCUCUGCAACCUUCAAGGCUGCGGAAGAUCGCAAUCAUUGGGCCUAACGCUCGCAAGCCCACAGCUGGUGGAGCGGGCAGCGCCGCUGUAAAUCCUUUCUACAUCACCACGCCCGAAGAGUGCCUCCGAAAUGCGAUUCAAGCUGCGAACCCGGACACCAAGGUCACAUAUCGGUCCGGGAUCCCCGGCAGCCUGCGCCCCCCUCUUUUGGGCAAUCAAUUAACUGUGCCCAACGGCUCACGCCAGGGUCUUCAAGUGAGCUUCUUUGAAGGUCAUACCUUCGAGGGCUCGGCCGUGGCGACCAGUCUGUGGGACGACUCCCUCAUUUAUCUUAUGAGUGAUGGCGAUAUUCCGGCCGCGCUCGAGGGUCGACCGUACUCGUACCAGGCUGCCGGAGUAGUGACUCCAUCCGAAUCGGGCCGCUACACUUGGAGCCUAGCCAACACCGGGAAAGCAAGGUUGUUCCUCGACGACGAGUUGCUCAUCGACAACAGUGAGUGGAGCGUAGUGACUGGUGGGUUCUUGGGUUGCUCGAGUGAGGACCGGAUCGCUAGCAUCCAUCUCGAGGCUGGUCGCGCCUACCGGCUGCGAGUAGACAACGUCGUCACCUUGCCGCUUGUUGAUGCUUUCGACAACACGCUAUUCCCUCGCGUAUCGGGCGUGCGCGUGGGACUCGCCUUGGAGCGGGAUGAGACGCUGAUGUUGGAUCAGGCCGUCGAUUCGGCCCGCGAAGCCGACGUGGCCGUGGUCGUAGUCGGCCACAACAAGGAUUCCGAAGGGGAGGGAGGCGACCGGGCGCACAUGCAGCUGCCAGGUCGCACCGACGAGCUGGUGGCGGCCGUCUGUGCCGCCAACCCCAAUACGAUUGUCGUCGUGCAGGCGGCCAGUGCGGUAACCAUGCCUUGGGUGGAUGCCGCAGCGGGUAUUGUGAUGGCCUGGUACCAGGGCCAGGAAAACGGCCAGGCCCUGGCGCAGGCUCUUCUAGGUCAUUGCAACUUUUCGGGCAAGCUUCCCAUCACCUUUCCGCAGCGAUUCGAGGAUCAUGGCUCGCACGCUUGGUUUCCUGGGGAGGCUGCGCAGGAUCGCAACACUUUUGGAGAAGAGGUGCUAGUUGGGUAUCGGUACCUUGACAUCCAAGGAAUUCCGCCCCUUUGGUCAUUUGGAUUCGGCCUCUCGUACACUCGCUUUGAGCUCGAAGAUAUUCGCAUCAGUGGAACCAUAAGCGUCUCUUCUCCUGAGACCAGGGUUUCAAUCCACGCGCGAGUUCUCAAUGUUGGGGGUUGCGACGGACAGGAAGUGGUGCAGGUGUACGUGGCCCCCUCCGCACAGAUUGCGGAGACGGGCCUUGUCGGUUAUUCCAGGACGUUGGCGGGGUUUAGCAAAGUCAUUGUGCCGGCAGGAGAGCUGCGCGAAGUGACUAUUCCCAUUCCUGGAUCGGAGCUUAGGUGGUAUGAUGCGAAGACUGGGCAGUGGCGACUGGAUGCGGGCAAGUAUAAGUGCUGGGUAGGGCGUAGCCUCUAUGAAGUCGACAAGGAGUUGGAGAUUCAGAUAGAAUAUCUUCCGUGCCACUUCAUCCCCUCUCGCCGUGGCCGCAAAUGUCGUCCAACUUUGCCAGCGUCUUCCAUUCUAUCACUACCUUCACCAGCAUCAUCGAUGCCAAUGGCUCAGCUGAAUGAGCAGCAACUACCACAGCACGAACAACAACAGUCCCAAGAACAGGACCUGCAACAAUUCGCUUCGUUUCGGAGACGGCAACAAGGCUGGCAGUUGAUUUCACUGUACUAUCUCCAUUUCCACCAGGCACAUCCUUUCCUGCCCCCGAUGGAAACUCUCCUAGAAUCUAAUCCUCCUUCCUACUUACUGGAUAUCCUAGAAUUUACCAGUCUACAUUAUCUAUCGUCCCAAUUUUGCCAUGACAGCAGCAAGACACUCCUUCUGGCGGUGCAGGCAGCCGAGCUCAGUGUCGAAAAGACCCAGGCUUUUCUGCUUCUGGCCAUUGUGCAACACGGGCGACAGCAAGGCCACGAGGCUCGAUCUUGUCUCGGCCAGGCCCUUCAGUGUGCGCUGGAAUUGGAUCUGCACCGUCGCGAGGUUUCCGACGCGCUUGCCGCCGAUGCUCCCUUGAGAGCAGAGAGUAUCCGACGAACCUGGUGGGAGAUCUUCGUGGUCGAUGUGCUACUCGCAGCCGUUCAGGCCGAUGGAUAUCUCCAAUUUGAGAUGAAGGAGACUCCCGAAGUCCCCCUCCCUUGCGGACCAGAGGAGUAUCAGCCAGGCUGUAUUAUGAGUCCUCUCCUGCCCACGCUCGGCGACUUGGAACACAAUAGUCUGUUCUGCGGAGAUGUCGAGUUUUCACCCUGUGCCUACCGGAUAGAAGCCGCCAUGAUGUUGCGAAAAUGCUUGUGCGCGGGUGAGACACAUGUCACCAAGGAGAUGCUCGACGUACUCAGCGCCGCCAUCACCGCUUGGUUCCAUCGGUUGCCAUCGAGUCAACGGCCCAUCCUCCAGUCGAACGGCAUCUUGGACGAGGCAAUGAUGCAGGCUGUGAUGUUGAUGCACUGCGCCACCUUUCUCCCCAUCACCGGCCGUGUCCUUUGUUCGUCGCCGCCCGCGCUCGUCACCACUUCCCCGGAUCCUCAAUUGCACACCGCAAAGGUAGCGGAGAGCGCCGUCCAACUCUCUCGACUGGCUCCGUUCUUUGGCUGCACACUGGUGAUAAGCUCCGUGAUACACGUAGCACUCAUGCUCAGCGAUGGCCUGCAACCUCCGGGGCCCAGGCAACAGUAUCUGGCGCUGAAUCUGGGAGUCCUCAACGCGAUGCAACGGAUUCGUCAGGCUGUAAUCGAGGUUCACACAGCAAUCUCGUGCGACACUCGUCCUCUGCUGGACCUUUUUUCUCCCUCCAAGUCAGAUUGACUUCACAAAGACAGACCAUCUGGGCCCGGAUCAAGCGCUCCUCAUUUGCUCACCGAUCCUAGGCGUAAAUAUGAUUUUGUUGGGGGUUUCUUGUGGACAUCACCUGUAGCACCCCACGCUAGGAAUCCUUUUAGACCGAGGCCAAGAUUUGCCACAUGAGGCAAUUUUAUCUAUGAUGCUAGCAGAGAAUCCCAGUCGCGGCAAACAUCCCACCGGCAUGACAAAU